AUGUCAUUCUAUAGGAGAAUUGAAAUACAUAGAUGUAUAAAGAGGCCAAAGACCGAAAAUCUAUAUAGCUGUUACGGUUUUUUCAUUAUCUAUCUAUCUAUCUAUCUAUCUAUCUAUCUAUCUAUCUAUCUAUCUAUCUCAUUCACUCCAGAUCUAUCUAUCUAUCUCUUUGCCUUCAGAUCUGUCUUUUUCAUUGUCUUCAGAUUCAUCUCAGCCUGUUCACAUCUAUCUAUCUAUCUAUCUAUUCCAGUUUUAUUUCGUCUACCCCUUCCCCUCUCUUUUUCUAUCUACCUAUCUAUGCCGGUUUUUCCUAUCCCUCUGCCCCCACCCUCUCUCUCUCUCUCUCUCUAUCUAUCUAUCUAUCUAUCUAUCUAUCUAUCUAUCUAUCUAUCUAUCUAUCUCAGUCUGUUCAUAUCUAUCUAUCUAUCUAUCUAUCUAUCUAUCUAUCUAUCUAUCUAUCUAUCUAUCUAUCUAUCUAUCUAUCCCAGUUUUUACUCUCCCUCCCCAACUAUCCCUCUCGUUCUAUCUAUCUAUCUAUCUAUCUAUCUAUCUAUCUAUCUAUCUAUCUAUCUAUCUAUCUAUCUAUCCCAGUUUUCCUCUCUCUCUCUCUCUCUCUCUCUCUCUCUCUAUCUAUCUAUCUAUCUAUGUAUCUCAUCUUUACUCAAAGUACAUUGA